GAAGCAACCAAUCGCUGCUCUCCUGCUCGAUGGCGUAUUGAUUUGGGUUGGAGCGUCUCCUUCGGCCACCGCGCUGCUCUCAUCAAUCUUACCACCGCUCGGCACCUGUGAGUGCGGAUCUUCAGUAAAUGGAUCUUUACUUUGAAUCAACGGACUUGGGGAACUGAAAGCAUUAUUUUUUUUUUAUGACUAGACUCCACCGUCUGUGAAUAUAACCGGAUACGGAGCGGAAUGAGAGACAUACAUUAAAAAUUGAUGAGAGUUUGACGAAAAGUACGGUUCGAUUGAAUGAUCAGUGCUGGACUUCAUAUUAGAAAAAAAACAAAAAAACAACACACAUACACACACACACAAACCAACCGAUGUGACCUAUUUUUUUACGAUGGGAAGAAAUUACUGCGCUGCAUUUCCCAAGUAAAGGAAUAUUUAAUAACACAACAAACAACCCGGAUCGACCAACGAGUCUACCUGAAGUCUGUAAACUGGAUCCUACUGCGGGCAUCGAUUAACGGAUUUGAUUGAUAACCUUCAGACACGUAACACCCUCGAAGGGAGAAGAUGCCGUUCCACCAUGUGACGGCAGGUCUGCUCUACAAGGGGAACUACCUGAGUCGCUCGCUGUCGGACAGCGACAGCGACGUGCUGGCCAGCAUCUCUGUGGAGGAGCUCGAUGAGAUUCGGGAGGCUUUUAAGGUGCUGGAUCGUGACGGAAACGGGUUCAUUUCCAAACAGGAGCUGGGUAUGGCCAUGCGCUCUCUGGGGUACAUGCCUAGCGAGGUGGAGCUGGCCAUCAUCAUGCAGAGACUAGACAUGGAUGGUGAUGGACAGGUCGAUUUCGAGGAGUUCAUGACGAUCCUCGGACCCAAACUCCUGUCGUCCGAAACAAGAGAAGGCUUCCUGGGGAGCACAAUAGAUACCAUCUUCUGGCAGUUUGACAUGCAGAGGAUCACCCUGGAGGAGCUGAAACACAUCCUGUUCUACGCCUUCCGCGACCACCUGACCAUGAAGGACAUCGAGAACAUCAUCAUCAAUGAGGAAGAGAGUCUGAAAGAAAACUCUGGGAACUGUCAGACAGAAUUUGAGGGAGUUCACCCUUCAAAGAAAAACCGUCAGACGUGUGUGAGGAAGAGCCUCAUCUGCGCCUUCGCCAUGGCAUUCAUCAUUAGCGUCAUGCUUAUCGCAGCCAAUCAGAUGCUGAGGAACGGCAUGGAGUAGCUGCGCCCACUGUGAGCAGGGAAACAAGCCAGCCUGCAUGUGCAUGCCAGUGGGUGAGGUCAUAUUCCUGUUGAUACGAAAAAGAACUGAAAGGAACGACACGCAGAAUAAACCAUCAACAAAAUUGA